AUGCAAGAUUCGCCAGGAGCCCAAAAGGCUACAAACGCUACGAACGACGCAAAUACUAUAAACACGGACAAUGAUACAAAUCCACCAACCAAGCGAUUCUUUACGCCGCCUACCUAUACCAUGAAGCAGAUUCAUGAUGCUAUUCCAGCCCACUGCUUCCAACGCAACACUCUUCUAUCAUCAGCCUAUGUCCUUCGCGACUUUUUCUUCAUUGCCGUACUUUUCUACCUCUCAACUCACAUAUCUAAUCUUCCAUCGCAUUUCCUCCGGACUUCAGGCUGGUGGUUGUAUUCGUUUUGCCAAGGCUUAGUGUUCACAGGGUUAUGGGAGUUGGCUCACGAGUGCGGACACGGUGCAUUGAGCAAACACAGAAGUUUUAACAACUCUGUUGGGCUGUUUAUUCAUUCUCUCCUGCUUGUUCCUUAUAAUGGGUGGCGCCUCACCCAUUCGCAACAUCACAAGUCAACCAACAACAUCGAGCGAGACAUUGCGUUUGUGCCGGAUACUAAAGAGGUCUACAUGAAAGCCCAUGAGAAUCGAAAACCAGACCUCUUUUUCAGUUAUUGGAGCUUAUUUGAAGACACCCCUAUUGUCGCUUUCGUCACCCUGUUCUUUCAUCAGCUAAUAGCAUGGCCAUUAUACCUGACCAUCAACAAUUUUGCGUUGCCUCGCAUGAAUGUUUUCCCAUGGUGGACAAGAUCACACUUCUAUUUCGGCAGCGACGGACCCAACUUCAAGGCUUCAGACCGUGACGAUAUCAUUAUAAGCAACGCCGGAAUUGCUAUAGCAGUUGCAGGCCUGUGGGCUAGCGUCAAUCUUCUUGGAUUUGAGAAGGUCUUUCUGCUGUACGGUGCGCCUUGGCUGUGGACAAAUCACUGGAUCCUUGCCAUAACUUAUCUCCAGCACACCGACCCCGCACUACCAUAUUAUCAAGCCUCAAGCUGGAGCUUCCUACGUGGCGCCGCAUCAACAGUUGAUAGAGACUUUGGGUUUAUUGGGCGAUGUUUCUUUCACGGCGCCAUCGAUUUCCAUGUUUUGCACCAUCACGCUUCACGCAUCCCAUUCUAUCACGCAGUAGAAGCCAAUAACGCUAUCAAGAAGGUUAUGGGGAGACAUUACAAAAGUGAUACGAAGUCGCCGUUCUUGUGGGCGUUUUGGAAUAAUUAUACAAAGUGCCGAUUCGUGGAGGAGAAGGAUGUAGGAAGUAAUAUUUAUUUCUUCGCCAAGUAG